GUUGAUCAUCGUCGACACGCCACGAGACUUGAUACACAUGCAGCCUACGAUGCUAACGGUUAUACAGAACACACUAGGCGCUAAGUGGGUUUCGGUAACUUCACGGUGGCAGUCUGCCUUGCCAAGUUGUUCUUGCCAGAUAGCAAAGUCGUCAGUUAGUCGCGCGCCCCAUGCUACCUUCAGGCUUCAGCAAGCGAUCGAGAGUCUGCAUGCUGCACUUCGAUGGAUACCCUGUACGUAAGUCUCGCGUGGUAGGUUUGUACACAGUAAGUUACUGUAUCGAAUUUGGUCUUGAGUGGUAUUGCCUAGGGGUAUUUCUCAAAUCGCCAAGUAUACUAAUAAUUGUUAUUGAUUCAUUGUACUUCGUAAGGCCGUGGAUCUUAUUGGCCUAUCUUGGAUAUCAGCUAAUUCAGCCCGGGGCCUGGAGACGAUCAUAUUAUGUCAUCAGCCAUUGUGUUGAGCUCAUGUUUGUAGUAGUACUUGCCAACGUCUACCAAAGAAUCUGUUCUGGACGAAUCACGUCAAAGUGUAACAUUUCUACUUCAACUUUUACCAUGUACUCUGUUAUAUAUAAUGAAUUUGGAAGAGCAUGGCGAGGUUGCUAUUCGUGCUAGUUGAUGUUGGUUGAUGAUUCGAAGCGUUUGAGAUCGACCGACGAAGCAUGUUAAAUAAGGUUGAUGAGGUAAAGGAUGCGACUGUUCUCAAAAAGGUAAUUUGUCCAUAUGCUUGAACAUGCCCGCGACUACUGAGCAGAUACUGAGUAUGGGGAGAAAACACCACAA